AUGGCCACGCAAGACCUGCCGAACCCCGGGCAAGAUGCCACCCUAGCACGACUCCAAGGUAUUGAGACAGAACUUGAUCUAUUCAAGCUGUCUACAGAUUUAGAUGAUGUCUUGUUAGACGCCAGUCUGGAUGAGUACCGACCAUACCUGGACCAACUCGACGCCGCACGAAGUCAGCUCGACACCCUCCUCGCCGACACGGCUGCGACAUUGGACGAACUCUCCGGGAUCUCUGCCUCCUUCAAAGCUAUCGACGCGCAGACUAAGGCGUUCCAGAGACAGUCUGCGAAUAUACUGGAAGAGCAGCGCAGGGACGAUGCCAUUGCCCAAGAUAUUGCGGAUAACCUCCAGUAUUACGAGCCGCUGGAGCGAAUUACACGGCGACUCAACGCUCCCGGCGCGGGAGCGUUUGUCAGGAGCAAGGACUUUUCGGACAUGCUCGUCACGCUGGACGAGUGUAUCGACUACAUGCAGACCCACCCGAAUCACAAGGAGGCCGAGACAUAUAGAUCUCGAUACAGGCUCCUGCUCACUCGAGCGCUGACGCUCGUUCGAAACACGUUCAUGGCCGAAGUCAGAGAGACGACGACCGAAGUUGCUGGCAGGAUUGCAGCGAAGCAGCUCAACGACACGACCAUGUCUGCUCUACUCUAUGCCAAAUUCCGAGUCGGUGCAGCCGAGAUGAAAGAACUUGGUAUCGAGAUCCAGAGACGCGCGAACCCUCCUGCCGAUGCCGAACCCGGCACGGAAGGCGAAUACCAAAGUCUCAUGGACGAAGUGCACACCACUUUCGCUUCUUGUCGAGCGAGGGUGAUCCUCCCAAUUGUCCGGAAACGACUAGCAGAUAUAGGCCAGACUCCAAGCUCCAAAGACCUUGUGCAAUUCGCCCGCGCAAGCAUAAGCUAUGUUCGAGGAAUAUGUGUGGAUGAAUUUGAACUCUGGUCGGAGUGGUUCCACGGAUACCGAGGACUGUAUGAUUUCCUGGAGUCGGUGUGCGAGCCACUCUACGAUCACUUGCGGCCACGGAUUAUUCAUGAAAACAAGUUGUCCAAGCUCUGUUCGCUGGUGACGCUGCUGCAGACUAGAUAUCUGUAUGAUGAGGAGGAAGACGGCCCUGUGGACUUGAACCAGCUGGACUUUUCGGCUCUGAUCCAACCGGUGUUAGAAGAUGCGCAAACGCGACUGGUAUUUCGUGCUCAGGCCAUUUUACGGGAAGAAAUUGAGCUUUUCAAACCAAAGGCUGAAGAUCUGGACUAUCCUCGACUCACAUCUAGGCCUCCAACCUCGGUCGCCCCACUGUCCGGCCGAAGGAAACCCAGCGACCCAUUGACGCCACUACCCAAGAUGCCGGAGAUUGUCGACGAAGACUCAGGCGAAGAAGGGUCGUUCUCAUGGACCCUUGCGUCCCGCCGCGCCGCGCUGCAGAACUGCUACCCGACCCUGUCUAAGGCGGUCCGUCUUCUCUCACGGAUCUAUCGACUCGUCAACUCCUCGGUCUUUGAUGACCUUGCGCAUCAGAUCGUGCAUCAGACCACGGUGUCUCUGGUUUAUGCAUCGACGCAAAUCUGCUCGAGGUCGUCUCAUGCCGAUGGCCAGCUCUUCCUUCUGCGACAUCUGCUUUUACUAAAGUCACAGAUUGUGGCAUUUGACAUUGAAUAUGUGACGCCAGACGUGUCCUUUGACUUUUCAGGCGUUGCGAGCACGUUCUACGAGAUCCGUGAACGUGGCGAGUUGUUCAAUCCGCGAAGCUGGAUGAAGUUGUUCAGCACAGGCGGUCUUCUCCCUCGAGUGGUCGAGAACAUGCUCGACGCGAAGGUGGAGCUGGAUGGGCGUCUGAGGACCGUGAUCAACGACUUCACGGCUGGCUUCGCAGCAGCCAUGACGAAGGAUCUACCCAAAGAUGCCGCAAAGGCGAGCAUAAAGAACAGCGCCCUCGAGCUUGCCGUAUCCGCGACGCGCAACUGCAUUGAGAAAGAAGUCCCUGUGCUUCGCGCCAAGCUGGAGCAGUAUCUCGACGACAUGCGUACCCGCGAAACGCUCGUUGCAGCGGUGGAAGAUCAAGUGGUGCAGAUCUACGAGACGUUUUUUGACGGCUACUUGAAUCGCUUAGGCGGGAAAGGCAAGACCAAUGGGGCCAGUCAGAUCUCGCGGAAGGGCAAGAGUCCCGAGGAUGCUGUCUGGGACAUCGACACGUUUGCCGAAUGGGCGGAGUCCCUGUUUAAUGUUGCAUUACCCGAUGGCGAGGAUGAUGAAGCUAGUCAGCCCGCUUCGAGGAGUCUCUCGAGGAGUCGUAGUCCAUAG